CAACUAUUUAAGAUGUAUGAAGAAAACGAGGGAGACGAACUUCGUCUUCUUCCCCUUCUUAGUUCCCAUCUUCGGAUCUGAAAUCCGAUUCCAAUCCGAUUCUGGAAUCUGGUGUUUGCGUGUGAGAUCCGGGACGGAGAUGGCUUCGAAUUCGAAAACCUAUGUGUUUGAAGAGGUUAAUAAGCAUGCCGUAACGAACGAUUGCUGGCUUAUUAUUCAUGGAAAGGUUUAUGAUGUAACACCAUUUAUGGAGGAUCAUCCUGGAGGCUCUGAGGUGUUGCUGGCUGCAACUGGAAAAGAUGCAACGACUGAUUACGAUGACAUUGGCCACAGCAAAGAAGCACAAGAAAUGUUGGAUCAAUACUAUAUAGGCAAGAUUGAUGCUUCCACCGUUCCACAGAAACGUCAGUUUAUCCCUUCCCAGGUGACUGGCUACACUAGUCUCGAAAAGGGCGGUUUCUCGGUAAAGAUUUUACAGAUCCUUCUACCCCUCAUUAUUUUGGGCCUGGCCUUUGCUGUUCGGAGCUGGACCAAAAAAGACUAAUCCGAACGAUUGAAACGGACUAAUCCGAAAUGAUCAGCCAUGUCCGUUGUUCCUUUCCCAUUUUAAGGAGUCUGUGGGAGCGCUCGACAGUAGUUGGUUUGGUAGUGUGGAAUAAGUUUGUGUUCGGACAUUUUCUUACGUUCUGUUGGCAUACAUCGGUUUUGUAUUCUGAGUAUAAUUUCAGUACGUUGUGUUGUGGUUUGAAGACCGUCAUGUUUUUUUUGUUUUCUUGUUACAAGGCAGAUGUGUGUAAUCGCUGGAUGCAUAAAAUCACUUCCAUGUUUGGAGGAAAUUCAAGUCGGUGGUUUUUGCUUA